UGUCAUUCGUUUGAGCCGCUGCUAGCGUUUGGUGCAGCUAUUAGCGGCUAGUUUUGCUAUUUUUUCUGUGAACCUGUUUGUACCAUCAGUUUAAAAUGAAUUCAAAGACAAACAGAAAAGAAGACGAAGAUUUUCAGUUUCUUGAACAAGUUUUAGAUAAGUUUUAUGACUUUGGUAAUGGACCAGCAUCAAAAAAGAAGCUCAAGUCUCAGAAGAAAAAAAAACGAAAACAAUGUGAGAAAGAAGAGGAAGAGUUCACUACAGUCAAGGAUGUUUGCAGUGACACUGACGACUAUAGAUCAGCAUGUACUAGUGCUGACCACCAGCAGCAACAACCACAGACUGAGCCAACAGGUCCAACCUUCCAGCAGAUGAACCAGGUGGAGGUAGUGACAUUUCAAGAUCCCAGAAAGAAACUGAAGACCAAGCAGACACCGGCCACAGACAAAAUACCUGCUCGUCAGAUAACGGAGGAUAAGCAAAGUGACCAGUCGGAAGAACUCAAUUUUGAAAAGGCUCGUCUGGAGGUCCAUCGGUUCGGAAUCACAGGCUAUAAGAAGGAGCAGCAGCGGGUUUUUGAGCAGGACCGAGCGGUCAUGCUCGGAGCCAGACCUCCUAAGAAGGACUAUGUCAACUACAAGGUGCUACAGCAGCAGGUCAAAGAAAAGAAGCAGAAAGCAAAGGAGGAGGUUCAGCCGGAGCUGAAGAAAAAGAAGAAGCAGAAUAAUCAGAGGGACAAGAAGAAGGUGUCCUCUGGUUCUGGCUCAGCCCCUACAGGUCAGGUGGGGCGCUUCAAGAACGGCAUGCUGAUCCUGAGCUCCAAGGAGAUCCAGAAAAUCAAAGGCAAAAAGGGAGGCAAAUAGGUGAGUGAUUAAAUCCUCCAUGGUGGGAAAAUAUCAGCAGACCAGAGGAACAACGGGCAACUCACUGCAGGACCGUUUGGAGCCAAACAUGUGGUGAAGAGGAAAUGAGCGAGAGCUGAUUACGAUGUGACCAGCGAGGCUGAUUCCUUGACAGCACGUGACCGGCCUGCAGUGAAAUACGGGGCAGUGUUACAGGCGACAGACUGCUGAGUCAGAAAUCCAAUUUAUCGAUCUCCAAAAUGGAACCUGAACGUCCACUGUGGCAGCACAAUAAUGCAUGAAACUGGAGAGUCUGUUGAAUCAUAUUCCAUCACAAUUAAUUUAUUUUGUUUUAUAAAUGACCAAAAAAAAAAAAAGAAGACAUUUGCGUUUGUUUUUUUUUUACACUGUAAAGGUUUUAAAAUUAAGCAGUUACAAUGCGUUUCUCAUAUACAAACCAUGUAGUCGUACAAAACAUUUACAUUGGCGGGAAGAGAGGGGAUCAUAACAGGACGUAUGGCCGGGGUAAAUAUUAAAAACCAAUGUACACACAAGUAAAGUCCUGGCAGAAGUUUCCAUGAAGAAACACACAUAUAAACACUUUGAAUGGACCAUGAGGAAGCAGAAUGGUCUCGCCAGUGCCGUAUUUCUCCCUUAUUAAAACCCUAUGUACAGGACUUCUCGAAAGCCUCAGGAAGCUGUGCUCUAGAUGUAAACAUUAAGUCUUUACAGAAACCAGUUCGUUACAUUUUGUUAAAGGGAAAUCAUAAAUGUCGAUGGACGAUGGCGACGAUGAAAAACGUGUGAUCUGGCAGUGUGCGGCUGGGUGAGGUCACAACUUCUCACACCGUUUCCAUGAAGUAGCUUAUUGUGUUAUUUAUAUGUUUCAAAACGGAAGAGGGCGAGGAAAUAGGAAGCUUAUCUGCAGCACAUCACACGUUUCAAGCUGUAAGCAAAACCAGUUUUAUUUUUAAUAGAUUUUUUAGCCGGCAAGCCUUUGUUUUUUCAACCUGCAAGCCUUGGCAAUCAACCACAGACAAUGUGUAUAAUCAGUAGCCAUUCAACUGUUAUACUGAACAAAUUGAGGAGGGCAUUAUA